ACUGCAGAGAGCGGCCGCUGACGGACUGCUGCUGGUGCUGCUAGGAUGACGGCCAGCCGACGCGACCUCCACCUCGCCUCGCGCUGAACGACGGACGGACGGAAGGCCAGAUGGAGGACGAGCGCAAGCAGCACAAGUUCAUCUCGUUCCUGUUCUACCAGGCGGUGCGCGACCUGAAGCCCGUGUGGAUGCUGGAGGACAUGCGCACCAUGGAGACCUUCUAUUGGGAGGAGGACGCCAAGCAGAGGACCUACAGCCCGUCCGAGGCGCUGCUCUACGCGAUCGUGCACGACCACCGGCCGUACGCGCAUUACCUGCUCAGCCGCUUCUCGGACGAGGCGCUGGAGAUGCCGGGAGAGAGCUUCUACUGCUGCCCGUCCUCCGCGCCACACCUGGCCAUGGCCGUGCGCUACGACCGGCGCGACAUCCUGGCGCACAUCCUGCAGGUGGCGCAUCAGCUGCCCGGCCUGCGUUCCUACAUGAACCGCGGCGGCUGCUUCCACCUGGAGGACGGCAAAACCCCGCUCCACCUGGCCUGCGAGCUGCUGCGCGCGGACGCCGUCAUGCUGCUGCUAGGCAACGGCGCGUCGCCGCAGGCCGAGGACCACAACGGCAUGACGCCGCUGGACGUGGUGCUGCAGCAGCUGCGCGACUCGAAGGCGAACGUCGGCGCCAAGAAGUCGUGCCUGGAGAACCUGCUGAUGUUCAUGCCGGAGAUGCGCUUCAAGAUGAAGAGCGCGCUGCAGAAGGAGCGCCAGUGCUGGAGCAAGGUGCUCGGAGAGGACAAGCUCAACUACCUCACCGGCCGCGAGCCCGCGCCGCUCUUCCUCAUCGCGAUGCGGCGGAUCCUCGCGCAGCUGCCGCCCGAGCAGUUCCCGAGCAGCCUGGACAAACUGCCCAUCCCGGCCGCGCUCAAGCCGAGAGCGCACCGCGGCCGCCUGUCGGUGGCGUAGAGCCGCGCGCGUCUGCGUGUUUGUUUGUGUGCGCAAGCGAACGAAAGCGUCGCGGACACGAGCGCACGUCAGCGAGACCGUCUUCCUGUCUGUUGUCUUAUAGUUGUCUUAUGAACUGUAGACUCUGGCGUGUAAAUAUGAAUUAUUAAUGAGCAUCAGAUCAUGAACGCGCAUCUGUGUACAAAUAUGCAAACGUGCUGUAUUGAUGAGCUGAGGGCGGGAAACCUCAACACCAAGAGCUGGACUGAUGAAAGCAUCACCAUGUGUGUGUGUGUGUGUGUGUGUGUGUGUGUGUGUGUGUGUGUGUGUGUGUGUGUGACCCAGAACACAUCUUGUGUCUUCAUUGACAGUGUUUUACUCCACAUCUCUGACAGAUUCACUCAUUCAGCAGAAAUCAGUCAUUCCUCCCACAUGACUAUACUACAGUAAACACUACAGUGUGUAUGGUAACAGCAACUAUAGUCACAUAAACAAAUGACCCAACACGGAAGUGUCUACAGCUAUUGGGUAUAUUACAGUACAGUAAAACCCCACAGUUUACUGUAGUAAAGACUGAAGCACUACAGCAGCGGUUCCCAACUGGGGGUCCCGGCCUGCAAGGAGGCCUCAGCAAGCUUUGUUGGGUGUCGCAUCAUAUUUUAAAAAAAGGUUAUGCAGUGGACAAUUAAAGGAUCGACCAUCUUCCCUUUGUUGAUUUUAUCCCGGCUGACCAUUAAAUGGACACAUUUGUAAUUGGUGCUCCACUAAAAUAGUCUCUGAUUCUCCUUCAGCAGCUUAUAGUAUUGACCCAAUCAUACUGGACCCAGCUGAGCAAGCUGCAAACAUAUCAGCUCACAGCACUAGCAAUACUGGAAACACCAAAUGCAGGAAAUACCGGUAUAGAUAGCUGAACAUUGGCUUAUUCCAUUUUCUUGAAGCAGAAAAAUCCCUGAGCCAGCCACAGUGGUCUGGGAGAAAGUUCUUGCUAAGGAAUGCAUGAAGCUGUCCAAAUUAAUCAGACAUUUGCAGACGACUGCCCAAUACUGCAGGGUGAAACCCAACACACACGGCCUACUGAUGUUUUGCUUUACAUUAGGCUAUUAUCUGUGCAUAAACAUGUCUAGAUAUAGGAAUAAACACACUGUUUGUUUGAAAA